UUGAAUCCGGGCAAUGUUGCGCGGACAGACCGUGCAUUAUAUCAUAGAUUUGGUAAUGCAAACUGCAAGUAUAGAGAUUUCAAGAAGGACAUCUUUAAUUCGCCGAAGGAGCAAUCAUUUCUAACUUUGAGAAUGCAACUGGCAAAAGUGGAGCACUAGUGUCUAUUUUGUGGCCUAACUUGAAAAAAUAUAUCAGUUUCACGAAGCAAUUUCAAAGAAUCCAAGAUGAAUUUCAAAAUUGCAUUUUGCAUCUUAGUGUAUGUUAUAAUAUCGCUGGUCCAGUCAAAAUCGUUAUCAGCCAAACAGAAAAAUAAACAUGCUUCUAAAGAAAUAAAAGAGCCCAAGAAACGGGUAUCAACACAACAGAAGAUAGGAUCAGGCCAUGCUAAAGGACCAAUGGCAAAUAAUGUGCAAAGCUCGGUGCCGUUGCCAGUAGUGAUGCCGUUUCCCAUGAUUCCAUUCGACGACAGAUAUCCAAUAAUAUUUAAACCGAACGGAAAGCCUAAAAAGGGUCGGGAAAAGAAAAAGGACCCGAAAGGGGAGACAGAAGAUGAGACUGAUAAGGAUGUUGAUGACGAUAAUGAUGAAGGGGAUAAGCAAUACAAGGGACUGGGGAAGAUAAAUAAGGGGCCUUAUCUAAAGGAUGGGUCGGGGGAAAUGAAGAACUCUGCAAAAGAACCCGCAGAAGAACCUGCAGAAGAACCGGGAGAAGAUGAGGACAGCGUAGAAACUGCAAAGGAUGAUAAUCCAUCGAGUGAUCAGGAUAGUGAUAAAGACGUUGAUAAUGAGGAAGAAAGUAAAUUGACUGAAAAAAAGAAGAGGAAAACUUCACAUUUAAAAGAAAAUUCGAGUAAAAAAGAAAUCUCGCGUGAACGAAGGGCGAUAUACAAACCUAUUAUCGGUAACCCGGAAGAUAUCAUGCCUUACAUCAUGUGGGGCAGCGAGGAAGAAGAGUUUAUGGAUGCUGGUGAUGCACAUAAAAUGGUAACAAGGAAUGUGGAGGAGGAGCAGCUGGAUAAUACUUUACAUGGAGACUAUGACGAGCCUCUUGAUAUUCAAAGGCGUGAUGUUGACGAUACGCAGGAGGAUGAAGAAGAUGCACAGGAGGAGGACGAAAGUGAUGAGGAGACGCACGUGAUUAACACAAGGGACAUUGCACAAGAAGAAGAAGAAGAAGAGGAAGAACAAGAAGAACAAGAAGACGAGGCCCGAGAUAUGAAGCCGAGGUCAUUGCCUGAUGAGGGUCCAGAUAUGGAAACGGCUGAAAGGAAAAUGAAAGACAUAAAGAAAGCAGCGGACGUUUUGACGCAAAUUCAGAAAGCUCUUGGUGCAAAUCCAGAGAAUUCCGUAGAAGAAACACACGCCUUAGCGGACGUGCUGCGAAAAGAUAUGGAAACCUAUGAUGAAGAGAUUGCUAAAGACAUAAUAGCAACGCAGAACGCUCAAACGCGGAGUAAGAUUAUCGUUAGCGAUGACGGAGAAAAAGGAAAUAAUGAGCUUACCAAUGCAAAGCGAAAACUACAAAACGACCGCGCGAAAGAGGAGGAAAUUCGCAAUGAACUAAAAGAAAUAAAGGAUAUAGAAUUAAUGACAACACAGUUGGAGUUAGCAAAGUACUUGGCUACAGAAAACGCACGACACCAAGUGCAAUUCGCAGAAGCCCUACAUCGCACGCACGUUGAAAAUACGCCCCAGACAACUCAAUACCAAACGAGUUAUGCUCCAACAACGUACCAACAACCAGCCGCGUACGUACAACAAGCCUCGUAUGUGCAACCAGCCUCGAACAGCUAUUCUUAUACUCCAGCUAUUCAAGAAAUGUCAAUGCCAGCGCCACCGCCAUCGGCUGUCGUACAGCACGUUUUCCCGCAAGCAAUCAAUUACGCUUUCAGUCCAAAUAAUGCGGAAACUGGAAACUACCGAUACGUGCUAGCCAAUGUUGAAAAAGGAGGUAAUCAAUUUGGAUCGAGGCAACAAACCCCUUCAUACUACAGUAAUCAGCGAGAGACCACCAGACUCCCUCAGACAUCAUAUGCUCAGGGACCUCGAUUCCAAGCAGCUAUUGAGGCACCAAAACCAUCAAUGGCUUUGCAUACUGAUGCUCAAUCUCGACAUGUAACUAAACCAACGGUAACAAAACCAAAACAGGGGUGGAACAGGCGACCAAACAUUCUUUCAAGGUUUUACCCUAGCAAAGUGAAGCCAUACGGGCAAGCAAAGACAACAAGCAUGAAUCGAGAGAGUCCAUCGGCUUCUCUCGUUGGAAGGAAACCAUCUUUAUCAUUUCCCGGACCUACAUAUUCACCACCACCAUUCACAACUCGGACUGAUAGUCCUCGCUACCCGUAUGUCAAUCGGUACAGGGCUAAGUACGUAAAACCAAAGGCGACCAAAAGACCGAAGAAUCCUGCCUUGGCUUCGUUCUUUAACUACCAACAACAUGCAAAUCCAAUGGGGAAUCUUUACCGUAGUCAAGGCUUGAACGCACAACAACAUAUACCUUUGUAUACUCACGUAACGUACAAGGCACCAGUUGUUCAGCCUGAGCCAUAUCACAUGGGUGAAUUUCAUUCUAUCGAGAGAGAACAACCUCAUUUCAAUGUACAUUCACCUUUCAUUGGUGACGUACGUCAUCCCUUUAGUAGUUACCAGGCUCCAGAAUACACAGCGUCUGUUGUAGAGCAGCAAAAGCAACCUGCAGCAAAAACGCAGGUACCUGCAUUCCAUACGCAGUACACAGUGGCACCUGCUACGGAUUACAUACAUUCAGGUGUUCCUUUCCACUAUGCCCUCCCAAGACCACAAGGACCAUCUUUUGGUGCCCCAUCACCUGUAGUAUACCAAGUCCCUGCCUCAUUCUCAGAGUCAUUUGCCGCUUCAAAGGGAGACAUACCGUCCUUCUACGCACCCUACUAUGCAACUCCGCCACCAGCUGCUCCACAACUUCAGAGUUACGCACAAACUGCACGACCUUUUGAGGCCAUGAAUACAGAUUCUGAUGUUUUCCAUGGCUCGUCACCUCCACAGCAGAAUAUGAACCAAGCUGCUCCGCAGACAAAAGUUCAGAACCCAGAAAAAGUACCGCUUGGGUAUGGUUUGUUCCCAUUGCCAGACAAUGCUGAGAAGAAAAUGGAUGAAGAUGCACAAGAACAAAAACUUGAUCACAACAUAAAGGCAGAUACGAAAGAUUUGCAAGAAACAAAGGACGCAGCGCAAGCAGUUACAAAAAUUGAGAAUCAGGUUGGUUUUGAUCCAGGAUCGAUUGCAAAGCUGGUUGAUUUUGUGAAACAGGCAGCAGAAAAGGAUGUCGAGCUAUCUGAUAGAGCAAUGAAGCGCGACCAAACAACGAUCAAGAAGAUGGAGAUUGAGCAUGCAAAUAGCAGAAAGUCGGAGAUAGGUACCGAAAACAGCAUAGCAAUGAAGGAAGCACAACAAAAACUGAAAAUAGAUACAGAACUUUUGAAUGAAUCGAAAGAUAGACUGGAUAAAGUGAAGAGAAUGGAACUUAUUGUUACAGGGAUAGAAGCAGCAAAGUAUUCGGCAUUAAGCAGAAAGCAGGGGAAAUUGGCUAAUGACGUCAAUGCAAUGAAUCAGUAUAAGGCAUCAAAAAAGACAGUCGUAGGGAGGAAAGGGUUUGAAAGAUUUGGCAAAAGAUCAUCGUAGAUGUAAGGGAGAUGUUCUUUAUGGAAUGCUUCUAUCCUGUACUGCAGGAUCACUUACAGGGCAGGUCUUCAGUAAGGCGAAAGAAAACAGAGAUGAGGAUUUUAAACAGAAUGCAUGAAAAGCAAACCUAUCUAAAACCUUAUUUACAAAAAUGAAACAAAAUGACGGUUCGUUGGAAAAAGACAGUUCAACAGAAUUACAAAAAUUACAGCAUUAUCUUUUAUGCAUCAAAUGAAUGAUGCUGUAAAGAAUUUGCAGACCAAAAGAUAAGUCAGUCAACAGAAAAGCCUUCAGAAGAAAAAAGUCUCUUUCAGGACGAAUCCUAGGAUAGCAAAGCAAAGCGUUACAAUGCAGAAUAGAUGAAAAGUGAAGCAAAUUAUCAUCAGAGAGUUUUCUUGCCAGCUUAUGAACAUGAAUGGCAGCUCGAGGUUUUUAGUUAGAGAUUAAGAAAUGACCAUUUCUAAAUCGUUAGGCAUAAAUUUGUUCUUUAGUGCUAAAUGAAUCUUCAUACUUCGUCUUUAAAGGACCUAGUAAUUAAUUAUUGAGAAAUUCAGGCAGUAACACUGAUAUAAAUAUGUUCUAAAAGUUACUGCGACAAGACCUCUUUUUGUAUACUUCCGUUAAAAAAAGAAGAUGGCAACUGCACUUUCAUAUUCGUAAAUGCAUUAAAACAAUUCAAUACUCAAGCCCAACACUCAUGAUCUAUAUUACCCGUGUGAAACAAAAUUCAAAAACCCGACCUUACAAAGCACAGUGACGCAUGAUCCAUAUAAAAACCCAUUCAAUAUUUCACCUUCUUCAUAUUGUUUUGAGCCUAAAUGCUAUCUAAUGCUAAUCUAGUGGAAUAGUCACCGAAUAGAAAACCACAAGCUCCUCUUGCUGUUAUCAACCAUUAUUCUACAACAGCAAAACGUUCGGAGUAACAUGACGUUUUGGAGAAAUUAGCUCAUGCAACCACCUGAAAGUGAAUUUCAGUCCUUUAAAGCUUAAGUCUAGAUUUAAAUGUUUUUAAUCAUUUUUGUAUAUAUUCGUACGCUUUAAACGGAAAAAGUUUAGUACUAAAACAAGAAAUAUAUAAUAUUACCUUUAGAUAUUUUUUUAAAAUUAACUUGUGGUAAACAUCUCAUUUUCACAAGGUUAGGAUUUUUUAAUAAAUGUAAGUAUUUCAAUAACUUGAUCAGUGUUUUAUAUGUAAUCGUGUACAUAAUGAAAGCAAUAUACAAGAAUUAUUUUUCUUUUACAAUAUUAACAAUGCGAAAUAUUUUCUUUCUGAAA